AUGUUGGUGGAAAAAAAAAAUAUUCAACAUUCACCAAUCAAUUGGAAGUUAGAUACUAGGUCAAAAUUAGAUUUAGAACAAUCAAAAGAUUGUUUAUACUUUUUUGAACAAGAAUCAAACGAACAACAACAACAAUCUCUUGUUGAUAUUGUAUAUUUUUUAUAUGAUAAUGUAAUUAAUGAUUUUAUAAAAAAUAAAAAUAAAAAUCAAAUUAAUAAUAGGGAUAUUUUUAAAACAAAUAUAUUUAAUAAUGAUAAUAAAAAUAGUUUAAAAGAAUAUAUUAAAAUUGAAAAAUAUUUAAUAUUAUGGUGUUCACUAGAUAAUAUAAAAGAAAAUGCAUAUUGUUUUUAUAGAUUAAAUAAUAAUAAUAAUAAUAAUGAAAAUAAUAAUAAUAAUAAUAAAAAUAAUUUAGAAUAUUUAAUAUUAAUUGUUGGACCAACACAAAUUCAACAAAGUAAAUCAAGUGAAGAGAUUGCAAAAUCAUUUUCAUCAGCAAUUUCUUACCCAUCAGUUCAAUAUCAAUUACAUCAAGCAAGAAAUAAACAAGAAGUUAUCGAAUCAUUUGUUACAUUUUUAAAUAAUAUUGAAAAUGAUAAUGAAAAUCAAUUUGAAAGAAAAUUAAUUCCGCCAAUAAAGAAUAAUAAUAAUUAUAAAGAACAAAACAAUGAAUCUUUAAAACCACUUGAAAGUGUUUCAAAUGGAUUAGAUCAUGAAAAUUAUGAUAAUGAUGAUGAUGAUGAUGAUAUUAAUGAUGAUACUAAUAUUAAUAAUAAAGAAAAUUCAAAACUUAAUUUUAAAUAUUUAAUUAAUGAUAUUAAAUAUAGAUAUGAUUUUGAAAUUUAUAAAUCAGAUUGGAAAGAUGGAUUAAAAGAUUGGAAAAGUUUUCAAAAAACAUUAUCAACAACGGUAUUUUUAUUUUUUGCAAUUUUAUUACCAUCUAUUGCAUUUGGUGUUUUAAAUUAUUCAAAUACUGAAGGAUUACUUGGAGUUUCAAAAACUAUAAUAGCUCAAGGAAUUGGUGGUAUGAUAUUUGCAUUAUUAUCAGGUCAACCAAUGGUGAUUUUAUUAUCAACAGCACCAUUGGCAAUUUUUAUAAAAAUAACUUAUUCAAUAUCAAUUGAGAAUGGAUUAGAUUUUUAUUCAUUAUAUUCAAUGAUUGGAUUGUUUAAUGGGUUUUUCUUAAUAAUUUAUUCAAUUAGUGGUGCAAGUAGAUUAAUGAAAUAUUCAUCAAGAUUCAUUGAAGAGACAUUUGCAAUCUUUAUUACCAUUGCAUUCUUAUAUGAUGGUAUAAAACCAAUAGUAGUUCUAUUCAUUGAUAAUCUUUAUAGUUGUGAUAAUAAUUGUCAACUUACAAAUCAAACACCAGUUUUCACAUUACUAAUUUCAUUAUGUACACUUUGGAUUUGUUUUAAACUUUCAAAUUUUAAUCAAACAAAAUAUUUCAAUGGUGUAUUUAGAAAUUUAAUUUCAGAUUAUGCUUUAUUUUUAGGAGUUUUAAUAUCAUCUGCUAUUCGUUGGACAGUGUUUUUACCACUGGAGGAUGAGCAUUUUUCACAUGGUUUAGAUGAUUUAUUAAAUACUGAAAUUAAAAUGUUACCGGUAUGGGCUUAUUUUUUAGCUUUGGCAUUGGGUUUCUUAUUAUCAUUACUAUACUUUGUAGAUCAGAAUAUUUCAUGCUCAUUAGCUACGACACCAUCACAUAAUUUAAAGAAAUGGAGUGGUGUCCAUUUGGAUCUUUUAAUAGUUGCAUUUAUUAAUAUAGUAUUAUCAUUCCUUGGUUUACCAUGGCUUCAUGGAGCAUUGCCACAUUCAUCAUUACAUGUUAGAGCAUUGGCUACAAUUGAAUCAUUCACCGAUACUUCAACAGGUGAAACUAAAGAAAUUUUCAUUUCAGUUCAAGAAACUCGUGCAUCUGGUUUCUUUUCUCAUCUUUUAAUUUUCAUUUGUAUAUUUUUGGUUUCAAAUAUUUUAAUUUAUAUUCCAAUUCCAGUUUUAUAUGGUGUUUUCUUCUUUUUAGGUGUGAAAGCAACAGUUGGUAAUCAAUUUUGGUAUAGAAUAUUAUUAUUAAUAACUGAUAAUACUUUUCUACCAAAUUCAAAUAUGAUUAGAUAUUGUACAAAAUUGGAAAUUCAUAAAUUCACUACUUUUCAAAUCAUUUGUUUACUUAUAUUUUGCUUUAUCUCAUUUUAUCCAAACCCUUAUUUAACAAUAUUCUUUCCAUUAUUUCUUACAAUUUUAAUUCCAAUUAAAAAUUAUUUAUUACCAAUAUAUUUUAAAAAAAUUAUAAUAAAUAUAUUAGAUAAUUAA